ACAACCUCCAAAGAUCACAAGAAGCGUGAUUCGCGAGGACGUUCUCCAGCAUCAACAAAAGGAAAUCUUCAAGACCAGCGUCCUAGGACCUUCGAGCUCGAGGACAAACGGCAGUCGGACAAAACUAAGCCUACAAGAACUCGCAGUCGCGAUGUAGAUUACCGAACUGGCUCACCUCCGUCAAAAAACACCUCAGAUGCUGAAGGAAAAACACGCGAUGCUUCUAAUUCUUCUGGUACAGUUGCCCAGCACGGUCAAGGACCAGCACGAGGAGGUAGAUAUGGAGGUCGCUCACUCCUGGAGACGGUGCAAGAUAACCUCUCAAAGUUUAACACGAAUAAACCCGCGUCUUUGACGACUUCAUACAACAAUCAGCAUAACGAAGAUGCUUCCUCUUCAUCAUCAUCUUACAACACUCGAGGUGGCGAUGGUGGCUCUGCUCAUCCUCCUGCGACAGGUGCAAAUAGUGUAGCCGUACCAAGGAUGGGUAGUAUGCAAGUGACGUCAAGUACUACAUCUUCUACUUCUUCUAGAAGUCGCGGAGCAGGUGGACCAGGACCUGGACAAGCUCCUUCAACAUCU